GCCACUGAACGUGCUCCCCGUGGACCUUACUUGUGAUAUAUAACGCCCUGCAAUCAGACAACCAAUGAUGCCAAGUAUUGUGGUGGACUUGAGAUGUGGAAGACUAAGAUAGGAAUCACCAAACAGAUUUUCACCGAUGAAUGUUAAAGGGAGAAAUGGCAGCCUCCUCUUCAUCCUCUUCAGCUGGCGGAGUCAGUGGAAGCUCUGUAACUGGAUCUGGAUUCAGUGUCUCGGAACUUGCCCCACCACGGAAAGCCCUCUUUACAUACCCCAAAGGAGCUGGAGAAAUGUUAGAAGAUGGCUCCGAAAGAUUCCUUUGUGAAUCCGUUUUCAGCUAUCAGGUUGCCUCUACAUUAAAGCAAGUGAAACAUGAUCAACAAGUUGCUCGGAUGGAAAAACUAGCUGGUUUAGUGGAAGAACUGGAAGCAGAUGAGUGGAGGUACAAGCCCAUAGAGCAGCUGCUGGGGUUCACGCCAUCCUCAGGCUGAAAGCUUUGGGAUCACUGCUGUUGAAAGACAACACAAAUAUACAACACUCAGGAUUGAUUUUUAAAUAUGCUGCCAUUUAUCAGUGUGUUCCCAGCUGCAUCAUGUUUUUUAAAUCCACACCAGGUGGCUCUGUAAUAGUAUCCAGUAAGUUGCAACCACCAAACUGUAAAUCCUUUUAGUCUUCUGCAGGGUAGACAUUUGGUAAUAAUUCAGCAGGGCCUGGUUUCUUUACCUUAUGAAAUACAAUAAGUUUUAAAGGUUUGGAGAAUAACCUGUUUGUUUAAAGGGGAAGGGAAGCUUAUUUUAAAAAAAACAAUCAUUUAUAUUCACAAUGGAGUGUACGUGCCUGAACUGGCCAGGUAAUAUCAAUCAUUCAGGACCUGGAUACCUUUGCUGUUUUGAGUCCAAAUCCUGGAGGGCAAAAGCACAAGGCACUGAAUGGAAAGAAGAUUCUUUUUGAAGAUGAAUGUGAUAAACGGUGCAGGGUCAACUGAAGGGGAAAAUGUUAACCAAUUUCUAUAUUUAGAUCUCCUUGUUUUUGCUGAGUCUUUUCUCUCUGCUGGCAUGUUUCUUUUUUGACUGUACACAGAAUAUUAGGAGAAGGGAACUGUGGUUUAAUGCAGAGGCAGUGACUCAAGACACUGAAAUCUGCUCUCACUUUACCAUAAUGUAUAAAACUGUUCUAUGGCCAAUAAAUUUCAAGAGUUUGAAGUCUGUUUCUUUAACUUUUCUAAGGCUUGGGGACAUGAGGAAAUGAAAUCAAUUGUUUUGUGGACAAGAUGGGAUGUUAUGGAGCAACAGAGGCAGCUCCAUAGUUAUAAUGCCAAUCUACCUCCAAACUUAAACCCAAUUUAAAAAAAAAAAAAAA